GAAUGCAUCACGUCACCAUGGCAACUGAACGCAGACACUCGGAGGGGAAAGUUUUAGCGUUGCACUCCCGGUUAAAUUAAUGAGAAAAGGCGACAUAGUUUCACGAACAAUCAGCGAGGUCUCAAGAGGUUAAACACAAGAUGGAUAAACUCGAUGACUUGGAGGGUUUUUUGAAGAAUGUUGACAAAAUAAGUGAGUAUCACCGAGAAGUGUUAGCUAACAGAAACAUUGAGGAUUGGUUUCGUCUGUGUUUGCUGUUUACAAUAACUUAUCUAAGCGGGAACAAAUUAUGCUUUGAAUUCUAUGCAAGAAGGUAAAAAAAAGGUAUAAUUUUCUAGGCAUGACUCGUUCAAAACUUUUUAAUCAAAAUAAACAUUUAGCAAAGAACAUCACAUGCUCAAACAACAGCAUGUAGCUAAGAGGGGAGAGUGGGGUAAGUUGAGCCAAAGGGUCCACCAAGUCCAUCAUUUUAGCUUAGAGGACUAAUAAAGUCAACAUAGUAGUUCUGGGGUAAGUUGAGCCAGUGACUCAACUGAGAAAGUGAAGAAGUCUGAUGAGAGGAUCAGAGUUUCAGUUCAGAUUGUUGAAAUGUGUUACUUUUUAUUAUCAGAAAUACAGCUGUGAAUGUUCUGAAUCACUUCCUCAUGUUAAAAUGGCUUGUUACAAAACAGCUUUUUAGCAGUUAUAUGUAAUAAUAAUAAUAAUAAAUUUAAUUAUUGUACCAGCCGAAUAGCGUAUAAUAGAUAAAAAUACACAUGAAUGUGAAGAAGUGACUGUUAUUUAGGGAGAGAGAAAGUGAGGGAGGGCUGGGGUGGAGACUGGGGGGUAGUAGGGAUACGGCUCAACUUACCCCAUACAUGGGGUAAAUUGACCAUAGGAGACCACUUUUUUUGCCAUGCUAUAGUAUCAAGACAGUUAUGGUUACACUCAUUCUGUUGGUUUGCAGGGAUGCACAACAUCCUGAAAUAUCUGCAGAUACACUAGUUAGAGACAAAACUAUGAUUGCCUUGAUGUAGUGAUACGAAAUAUGAAAAAUGGCUCAUUUUACCCCACUCUCCCCUACCACAUGGACAUGUGAGCACAUGUGCGCCAAGGACAUUAACGCAAACAACCGUGUCUUUUCAGGUGAGCUGGUAAAGGAUCUAAAAUCCUCAGAUGCCGAAGUCCAGCAAAAAGCAAUAGAGAAAGCUGAUUACUUCAUCGCAGAUCUAGAUGAACACUGCAGGACGAAAGACAACAAGACGACUAUUAACACAAACCCACCACCUCAGCCUUCCUCGGUACAGACAUGCACACAAGUACAGUCCUCUGUUGCUCCCUGUCCAUCGCACUUUCUUUCUUUCUUUCUAUUAUUGUUUUUUCUUUCUAUUAUUGUUUCUGUCUAUCAAACAGUACACACAAAGAUAACACCGACUUGUUGUGUUAAUUAUUUUGACCAGUCUUGUCAGAUUAGAAAGACAAGGGCAGUUUAUAUAGGUUGUGAUAGUUACUUGUUUUUGGUUGACAAUCUUUAAAUAGCUCUUUGUCUGUUUUUUUCUUUUUUCAGAGUCUGCAGAAUGACAGUCAAGGUAAGCAAACAAUUUGGUUGUUCAUUCAGACUGAGAUAAUGAUUCUUUAUUUUGUAUACCAUAACUGUCUCUCAGAGUCAAACAGGAAAUAAAGAAGUUAAAGGUAUAUUCCAGCGUAAAAUUAAUUUAGGGUCAAAUACACCGUAACACUGAGUUAGACACCCUUCCUUGAGAUGAAUGUUGCUGACCACUUGCUUCUCUACCAACUUUAGUAACGACCGCACGAUAGCAAUACACACAAACCUCAACCAAAACGCCACUCUAUAGCCACAAAUAAUGCUCAGAACAGCACCUAACUUCAUCAACAGUACAUAUAGGGUCCCAGCCAUAGUACUAGCCAACAAACAUCUUCUUAGCUUUGCCUAAUUUCUUUAGCAAAGAGAAUAAACACAACUCACCCACUCUCUUCCAGCAGCCGAUUAUUUGUAGCGAGACCUCAGGUCAGUCCAAUAUGGACUGCAGCGGGGUGACACAGCUCAAGGAAGAAUAUUUAUGAUAAUUUCUUCAUGGAAAUGCAAUCAGACCGAGACGCUAAGGCAGAAAAUCUACAGUGUCUGCAGUGCAAAAUGAUCAAUAUGGUGAUUAUUACUUCAAGGAAAUGAUAAAGUAAUGAUCAUAGCAGUUGUUAAUAUAAACAUCCUUGCCAAUGAAGCACACCAGGUCUUGGAAUAUAUUUGUCCACCUUUCUUUGUUGGUUUCAUCCAGAAAUUGUAACCUAUUCUGUGCCGCGUGUGGUUGUUGUUCAGCGUACAGUGUGAUCAUACAGUAGUUUCUUAUUACACCUUGUUCCUAUUAUUAUGAGGCCACGUUGCAGUUUAGAGUAGACAUGACAUUUUCCUGUGACACAGUGAGUUGUUUUAAUCAACUGUGCUUGUUUGGUAAGUGGAUGACUCAUCAUGUGUAAUACUAGAAAAAGAGUCACAAGGUGUGACUCUUUUUCUUCAGGAUUUCCUGUCACAGGGUGUGCUAUUUUUUGUGGUAGAGGUUUAAUAAGGCAGUGUGGUGACUCUUUUAUCAACCUUUUAGUAUGUCCUGGUGAGGAGGGCAUGGACAAAAUGACUGGACGUCCUUGUGUUUUUGAAGACCUCUCAGGAAAUUGGGUGUUCAGGCCUCCAAGCCACACUAGCUGGAGCUAACUCGAGGUUAAGAUGCAUUUUUGUAUGGCAAGAAGUCACGAUGAUAAACCUGAACGCUUGUAUUAGUUUUUUCUUAAGAUCCUCCUUGUAUACACUUCCUUUUAACCCCAGCCACCUGAAAGUGGUAUUCAAUGUCAAACAACUUUUUAUCCAAUUUAGCCCUCUUUUCUUUUCAUCCAAAGGUAAACCUCAUUGAAAAAUGUUGCUGCAAAUAUGUAAACCUUUCAAAAGAGUGUGUGUCUAACUGUGUAACUAUUAAAGCUGACCUAUCAAAAAUUCAAUUCACUGAAAUGCAAAAGAGAAAUAACUGUGCUUGAAGCUUUGGGAGACAGAAAAAUAGAUUUUAAAUUACUCCCCUCUGAUAUUUAUUACUCUGGACACAGAGCAAUACUGAAUCUGUCUUUGGGAGAACAUUUUUGCAUGAAUUAUUCCGAACAGUUAGAACUUUGUGAGAUUUUAUUGUUCACCAAACCCAACCAUUAAAACUAAGUUUUCAAAGUAUAUUUCUGACCCUGUUCAGAUUAUUUUUCCUUGUUCAAAACUUUGACAAGAAAGACCUGAAUUUGAAAGUCAUACACAGGUUUAAAUAUCGCGUAUGCAGACAGAUUCAAUCAGUUCCUCUGUCUGUUCGAGCGCUCAUGCUGAAGAACAUUUUUCUUUUGCAUCUAGAGAAUUUUAUGAAGAUUGUGGAGAGGGACGCUGAAGAGAGAAGAGUCAGAAGGAUUGAAAGAGAGAAAAAGGCAACUGGUGUGUGUGAUCCUCUCUUAAAUCAUCUUGCUGGAAGUGAAACGUUGUCGUCUCUUUUCUCGCUGUUUGGCUUCCGUUACAUUCCUUUUAAUCUUAUACUGUUUGUGCCACUGUAGCUCUGAAAGACAAGGGGAAUGACGCUUUUGUUCACGGAGACUAUGAAACUGCUGUGAAGUAUUACAGUGACGGUUUAGAAGAACUACGGGACAUGCAGCCAUUGUACACCAAUCGAGCACAAGUAAAUAUCUGUAAUCUGUGAUAUUCUCCUUUUACAAAUUGGCUAUUCAGUCUUUUCUCAUCUUUAAGCCUGAAGAGUUAUUCAAAGAUUUUUGAUCGGUCUAACUUUAUACUGUUUAUAUGUGUAUUGAAGUUAAUUAAACAAUCAGUAAGUUCUCUAUGAAAGUCUGCGUGAUAUUUCAAUAACCAAAUCUUUUUCCAUGCAUGGCCAGAUCUGUUCUUUUUACCCAGUUAUAUGUAAUGUUUUGAUUUAUUCAGGCAUACAUCAAGCUGGGAAAGUACGAGGAAGCCAUCAGUGACUGUGAAUGGGCCCUGAGGGUAAGGCUUUAACGGUGAUAGUGGUCAGUCAUUUCCUGCCAUAUACAUCAUGUCGACACCUGACACACACUGUAGACCUGACUGCCAAGUGGAGUGAAGUUGUGAAUGAAAACACUGCGUCCUGCUUUGCACUCAAACUUCAGUGAUAAUUGCAGGUUGUGUGGGUCAUGAAAGAAAUGAACCCUGAAUAACUGGACAGAAAUGAAAAGUGUGCUAAAGUUCCCUAUAAUUUACCGGCUUGCUUGGAGUUAUGUGCCUUUCAGGCUUCUUGAACGAAAUCCAAGUUAACAAUAAAAAGCAGUCUAGUUUUGGAUUAUAAAUAUUCUCCAUUAUGAUCUAUCUCUUUAACUCUGCUGGUGUUCACAGUGCACAAACAUUAAAUCAUCAUCAUGUAAAUGGGUUGCUGAUGAGUCACUAAUACAAUCCCAUGACCAUUUUCCUCUAUCAGUGUAAUGAGAAGGGCAUAAAGGCUUACCUACUCAUGGGGAAAGCAUAUCUGGCUUCUAAGAAAUAUAAUGAGGUGAGUAUGAUUACCUUUCACUGCAUCUAAUCACACCGUAUUUUUUUACACACGGCUCUUGCAUACAAAUAACCUCGCCUGGUACCAUCUAAGUAAAGCAGAAACACGGCUUUAUUUCCAGGGUUGUGUACGCAUGAUGAAGUCGAGCCGUUCAAGCCUUACAAAACCUUUUUAAAAGACUUGACUUUAGGGAUUAAAACAUGUUCACUUUAAGUUGUCUUACAUUUAGUGUCAGAAUCUAAAGACACUUUUUUUUUCUCCUUUUCAGUCAAGAAGCUACUUUGAAAAGAUAAUAGAAAUAGAUCCUGGGAGAGACAAAUUGGUGAAAGGUAAUGACUUUUUUAAGGUUGGAAAAAACAGAACCAGACUUAAAUUAUUACUUCAUUACUGUCCCUAUUGACCAUGUAUUGUGUCCCUACUUCUUUAGUUUAGUACACAUUCAGCUUUACUUUAACUCCAUGCAAUCAUUUUAACAUUAUUUAAAGCGGUUUUGCCAUAAUCAUCUCGAAAUUGAACUUAAUAUGAAACUAUUAUAGUUAUUUUUUCCGGGUUUUGGUCUUGAUAGCAUUUUAAGUUGCAGCUCCAAAGGGUCAUUUGGUUUAUUACACAGCGUAAUUAUGUUCCUCACUAGUUUUUGCUUUUACGAUAUAUAAAGUUUUGGGCAACAGACCUAUCCUGCUCUGCCUUGUUUACAGAAAUCCAUCACAGUAGAAAAGACUUUUCGUUUUCUCAUUACCAUGUCAGCAGUCUCUCUUCUGUCUUUAACCUCCUUUACUGGAUCUCUUCAGACUUCCUGACACAAGUAAACUCGGCAGAAGAGAAAGAGAGUCAGGAGAUAAAGGCGAUGCAAGAGUUUGAGAAGGGAGAAGUCAAGGCAAUGAGAGUGCCGCAGCUGCUGGAGAAGCUGUCAAAGCCCGGCCAGAUGCCCCUCUACUACCGCGGAGGACUGGAGAUUCUGUCACAAGCAGUUACCGACUGUGAGUGUGCUGACUAGAGAAGCUUCACACAAUUACUUUAACCCUUUAAUCUCUUUGUCUCUACUCCUUCACCAUAAAAUGUGCUCCACAUGUCCCCUUGUUGUCCCGGUUACGCAGAGGCUAAAAGAUUCUUUAGUAUGGAAAAGGCCUGAAAAGUCAAGAGGACUUAAAGGAGAAAAGAGGAGUUGAUGUCAUGCCUGAGGACUCACAAUAGAGAAAGGGGACUUUACAGAUUUCUUCUCAUGCUCCAUUUGCUUGUCACACUGAGCACAUUUUCAGUAUGGAGAGCAAGGAUAGGUACACUAUAAGACCUUCGCUGCAUCACUGCUGCUGUCUAUUGGGCCUGUGUGCACAAGACAGGGCUAUAUGUCACUUCAGUACACAACACUAUAUGAUAACCCUUAGACAGUCGUUUGAAAUUUGCAGUGCAGAGCAGUUUUUGUUUGUGUUUAUUCUGUUGUCAGAUCAACACUAGCAGGUUUUACACGAGUUUGCAAUGGCAGCUGAUGAGUGAAACCUCCAGUGAGAGUCUGAUUUGAUAUAUGAUCUGAUAAUGAUCAUCCCUAUCAUCAGUUUAAGACAGUCCCUUGAUAUAUACAGUAAGUGUUGAUGUAAUUUGGUUGUUGGACUGCUGAGUGAGCUGUUUCAUGUCAGCAGUGUCAGCUGUUCCUUCAUUAAAAGACACUUUAAGCACUUUUAGUCUCUUGAAAUGAAAUCUCUGUUAUUUGGAUAUUGUGAUAGCCUUCAUUAAUGGCAAAGGGCUGUGUAGGCAAUAUGAGUUCUAUUAGGGGUAUGGUGCAGAUAUAUGGAGGGGGGUUGUUACUGGAAGGCUGCAAACACUAUUAAGCCUUCUGGAGCUGUCUCAGGUGCAAUUUAAUGAACACCUGUUAUAGCAGGUGUCCAUUUCAUAACCUCAGAGGCAGACCUGCACUCAACCCUGUCAGAGUAGGCAGACGGUGAAAAGGAUGAUGAUACCUGUCUUUUGGCUUUGUGCAUUUAUGACAACAUAACAAGAGGUGCCUAAGGUAGACUGCAGCACUGGACAAGCCUGGUGUUAUUAGUGCUUAUAUUUGAUGAAGAGGGAGCUGUGCUUAGGGCACGCAGAUUUUAUAGAAAUCUCUUUUGAUUGUUGAAAAGAGGGCACAUGAACAAGCUUUGGUCCACAGCAGAGCAAAAAAUCCUGUAAAACCCCUGACUGCCAUAUAAUGAAACAGAUAUCUUUUAUUUAUCCUUCCUUAAGGAGUUUCAAGCUGGCUAUGCAACUGGAUCUAACUAAAAGGGAUCAUUAUUAACACAAUUGACUUUUUCUUUUGAGUCGUUAUAAGUGCUUUUGAAUGCAACUACUGGGUAGAGGUCAGAUAAGAUGAUUAACAGAACCAGUGCUGCGUGUUUUUAAUGAAAUUUUACUGCAAAGAUUCACAGUAAAUGAUAAGUUUGACCAUUAGAUUUUUAUUUACAUCAUAAAAUAUUGUUUCAGUAUUUCUAUGAUGAGGUAGGGUGACCUUAAUGGACACAAACUCCCCAGGAGUAUGAAUGUACCUAAUGUAAUGGCACAGUGCUUUUUGCUUUAGAUGUAAUCAAGAGGAAUUAAAUCAAACCAAGUGUACAGGAAAGUGUCCUCCUGAUUAAAAAAAUGUCUCUUCAAUCAAAAUUAUUUUUUCUGUUUGUCCCAAGUGCACUUAAUUGAUAAUUAUGCACCAGAUUGUAAAACUGAUUUACUCAGUCCUCAGCUGUUAAAGUGGUCCAUUGUGCACAGUUGCUGUCCCCCCCAGGUUAUCUAAAGUUUAAUUCAAAAGGCCUUUUGGAUUAAACUUUGCAUCACUGGGACCUUGAUGACUGAGAGCCUUCACUUCCAUGACUCUCCCUGAGGUCGUCGCCCCAGCUGUGGAUGUAUUUUAAAGGUUUUUUGACCGUAAAAAUGACUUUCAAACUGCACAGAUAGUACGUUUUUUUGUGGGGGUUAUUGCUAAAGGCAGCUUUUGUGUAACAAGCUUGUUCUACAACACUCCAAGGUUAAUGACACUCUAAAGAGUAUUUAAUUUGCUAUGUUCCAGCUAACAAAGAAGACAUUUUGCACGCUUGUCCCAUUGUUCCAACAAUUCAUGUGUAACUUAAGUUUUAUUGACCAUGCACUCAAGGCUGGAAUAAUAGAGUGAAAUUAUACACCGGUGUUUCAAUGAACCACACUCCUAUAUAAAAAAAUCCACACCGCUGUGUAACGCUAUCCCCUUAUCCUUUUUAUUUUUUUCUUGAAUCACUUCUUUGCAUCUCUAUGUUCUUGCAUGUCCACUGCAUAAUGGAGAACAUUUUUAUCCUUACUCUCAUUUUUCUUCAUUUGGAUGAAUACAAGUCUACUGUCGAAUGAUAUAAAGCCUAUCUCACAGUGCCAUUCAAUGGAAAAGGGCAAAACUUACAUAACUCAUAAAUGAAAGGAUCACAGCAGGCCUGACAUUAUUUGCUUUCUCCCCUACAAGUACUUUCACACUGCUCUACAUUCUGUAUACUCCAGCUAUCUCUAUUUCUGGGUAACACACCAUUCCUCCCUUUAUCUUACUCUCUUGACAUAUUUUAUUUAUUCUUUUUCGUCUUGGCCUUGUAAACCAGUGAACAAUUACAAGCUAAGCUGAAAGUGAGAGGUGCCGUGAUUCGAGACCACUUGGUGAUGAUAUAUCUUCUGUCUUUGUACACUAUCUGCUCUUCUCUUCCAACAGGCACAGACCAGACCCUUUUCAGACUGCACAAUGGCUUCAGUGUCAUUAGCAGCAAUGACAUGGUGAGGAGGUAAGAAAACCAGAGGGGGAGGUAGCUGUCAGCUCUCAGUGGCGCUGUGACAGAUGGACCCAGGGACAGGGGAAUACAGAGACAAUGAUAGCCUAAACUGGAGAGAUCAUCCCCCCCGUUCUCCCUUUCUCCCCCCUCAUAUCUCUCACUGGUUGUUUGUGUGAUAGCCCAAAGAGGAAAAGAUGAUCUCACUGAAGAUUGAGAUGUUUUCUGAAAUAAACCAAAGUCUUGUGUUCUGUCCCAGAAAGAGGGAGUGUUCAGCACAAAGCACAAAUUAUGACUCCUGCACGUCAGUUCAGUAGGAGUAUUAUGAACUUGUCACAUCCUUCCCAUUUUUUUUUUCUUGUUAGGGCUGCCAUUAUUCAAGUUAGAACACAGUGUCCGGUGAGUAGACAGUGCCAAGAAAUUGGAGUCUGAACAUGAUGGAAAGGGCCAGUAAGGAUAUUGCUGUCAGCUAGAAACAGGCAACUGUAACCAAUUGGAGCCCUGUAGCAAAGAGGGCCAGUGCUUUGUUGUCUGUCCUUAUCCCAAACUGAAAGAGCGGACUGAAUUCAUGUCCCUCUGGCACUGUUAUAGAAAGCCUAAAUUCUCUCCUAAGACUAAAACUUGGAGUAAACACGAGUGCUUCUUGAUGUUGAACUUGUCAAGAUGUCCAAAACUUGUGCAGAGUAGGACAAAGGUUGUAAUAUAUAGCAUACUUAGUGUAUAAAGAUUCUUAAGAGUCCUUAAGAAACCUUUCGGUAUCUCAAAAGUACUUUACUGUUCGCAAUAUGUCUUCCUCUCUAAUAUCUAUGCUAAAUUUGGAUCAUGGAUAGCUGUCAUACACUAUUAUUGUGCUUUAGGUCUUUUGUUUUUAUUCCUUGUUUUCUGCUCGAUAUAUUGGUAUCCUUAUUUAUGAAUAACACCUUUACUAUUAGACUUGAUUGUUUAAUUAAAGUGAAAUUUCAACUUGGCUGUAACAAACUUUUUUGUCAUUCCCACAGUUGCCUCCUGCAGGAAACAAAGGAUCGAGACAGCCAGGAGUUGUGUGAAUGCGUUCUGAAAUUAUGGACAGCUGUUUGUUCUGGAAAUGGUACGUUGAUAUUGAUGCUUUCUUGAAGGCAGAAGAUAAUACUGAUGAAAUCUUCUUUUUAGUGUGAUACUUAUGUCUUCUUUACUCCCUCAACAAGGCCAUGCUUCAGCAUAUUUAGAGCUCAAACAAACUGAUAUAAUCUGUUUAAAGUUAUUUACAAAGUAUACAUUUAACACAAGUUGAACAGCAAUGCUUAAAGGGAUAUUCCGGCGUAAAAUUAAUUCAGGGUCAACCACACCGUAACACGGAGUUAGACACCCCUUCGAGGGAUGAAUGUUGCCGACCUCUUGCUUCUCUAGUUAUACCAACUUUGGUAACAACUGCACAGUAGCAAUACACAGCGGUCAGUGUGACAGUGUGUUUGACCCUAAAUUAAUUUUACGCAAGAAUAUUCCUGUAAGUUGAUUCUUAAUGCAAGAAUAGAGACUUUGUGUUCAUGCGAUCCAGUUACCAGAGUGGGGAGCUGUCCAUUUGGGACAUAACAGAGUCCUGUGUCCAGUGAGGCAGUACAUGUUUCUUUUGUUUUCAGAUGAAAACCAGAAGAUGUUGAUGGCAUGCCCAGUCACCAGACAGUCCAUCAUUCAUUUGGUAGCAUCAGAGCAUGUUGCAGUACGGAGGGGAUGCCUGGCAUUGGUGUGUCUGUUCUCACAGACGCCACAUGGCAGAAGUUUGGCCAUUGACAACCUGAAUAUGAACUUGUAAGACAGUCCUUCAUAUUAUAUUGUUAUCACACACACCUGAUAAGACCUAUAAUGCAGGAUUUCUCAAUCCCACCUCUAUGAUCCUUAGUCUGCCCAGAGCAAUAUUUGUGGGAUUUUCAGUCCAAUUGCCAUGUCCAUGGAAUGAGAUUUUAAAAUUAAUGUUUAUUGUUGCUCUGGGACCUAGUUUCAAAUUUACAAUAAGAGGCCCAAGUGACUUCAUAUUAUAUUUAGGUCUGAUAAUAUCGAUGUUACGGCCAAAUGGAUUUCCAGAGAAUUAUACCUUUUGGCAUUGUUAUCAAAUUUAUUGGUCCAAAGGUGAACAACAUCAUUAUUUUGGUACAAAACGGUCACUGAUACCUUGAUGAUAUUCAUUACUUUUCUGUGUUCUCUUCCCCUUUUGCCUCUAAAUCCCUCUCUUUUACUGCUCUUCUCUUGAUCUGGAUCAAAAGGUUGGUGAGGAGCCUUAUGGUGUGCAUCUCAGAGCAAGAACAGCGGCGAGCGAACACAGCGGUUGAUAUUCUGGAGAAGUUUGCUGCAGAAAACAAGUACGACUGAUAUGAAGUUAACCCAAAACACCCAAAAAGUUAUUCUCCUUGCACACUAGAGAAGAAUCAUUUCAUUUCUGCAUGAAGACGCACUUCAUUUCACUUCCUGUAACUGCACAGAGUUAAGAUUUUGACCCACAAAGCAGUCUGUUAUCCUCCCAUAUGUGUAUCAAAGCACUUCAAAAACUCUUGUCACAUCAUACCAAGAGGGGUCCCAUGGGCAAUGGAAAGUGUGACAUCUUUAAUAAUUCAACAUGUUCAAUCCAGGUGCUAAAGUCGCUUCAAGGCAAAAGCCCUUUUUUAACCUGCUUCCCCUCCUGGUGCCUCAUGAAAAUGGACAUGGAAGAAGACUGUAGAGCACGGCAGGAAUAAGUCAAGGUGUCAAGCAGUGAAUAGAGGAGGUCCAGUUUUUCUUGUCUAUUGCUCAAAGAGAGUACCUCAACAAAAAGAGAAGUUAUAUCCAACAAAUUUCAUCUCCCUUUUCCUUUUUUUUGAAAGUUCAGCUGACCCACUGUGCAAUGCGACGUUGAAAUGACAUCUCAAUGUCUAAGAGAGGCCCAAUAAAGACGUCUAAAUCUCGGAUCCAUUUUGCACGUUGUGCCGACGUCUAGAUUUGGUCUUCAGAUGACGUCCAAAUUCCAAACACCAGAACGACAUCUGAAAAAAGUCCAUUUGGACGUCGAAAUUUCUAACCUAUUUUGCAUGUCGCACUGACAUCUAGAUGUGGUCUUUGACGGACGGACCCAAUAAUGACUUGAUCUGCACGUCUCUCGGGGAGGUGUAGAUGGAUAUUCUUAUUUUAAAUGAAAUUGAUACACAUCCGUAUCUCAUAUUGAUCCCAAGUUUCUGCUUUUAAGAUUGUAACAUUAAAUACAUUUGCAUAAUUCAUUUGUAUAAGAGAUGUCUAUGGCAACAUAUAGCUGUUGAGAAAUAACACACUGUUGCUAUGGGGUAUUGACCAAUCAGAAUCAAGUUUUUAACACAGCUUUAACUACAGAUUCAGAGCACAAAUCAGAGCAUCUGUGUAGUUCUACAUUUGUAAAACACCCCAAACAAUCUACAGAGCUACAAAAACCACAGCCUUUUCAACACUCAUUAUUACCCAUCUUAUCUUAUUUUCUCCACCAUCAUGCAUAUCACUAGAUUAAAGGUGAAUUCCUCAUAUGAACUAUAGUGUGUCUGUAUAACUGCACAGUAACGGUGUUUUAUCAUCUUUUACAGAUUUCUAAAACAGUUGAGGAAUACAGUAACAGCCUCUGUCAUCGUUCCACUGACAACAAUACUGGUAAGAUCCUGCUGAAAAACAGGACCUAACUGUGUUCAUUAUCUACAGGCGUGUCUGAAAAUGUACAUUUUUUCUUCACACCUUAGGAAAGUAUCAGUGCCACCAAUCGUCAUGUCCUUCCGUCAUUAAUAUCCACUGUUGACUGUUUGGCAAGAGAUGAUGUCAUCCGUCACAGUUUUGCCCAUGAUCCAGAGUGUUGGAAAGCGUUUCUGCUAGCUAUCGUAAGUAUCACUGCUAGGUGGUCCCUUUGCCUUGGACAGUACAAAUAGUUGAAUUCAGAUGCAAUAGGUUGACGAAAAGCUUUGGUGUAGUGUGACUGACAAAAGUAGAAAUAGUAGAUUUAAUCUAUCCAGAGUAUGCUCUUUUUUUUUUUUUACAGAGGCAGUGCAUUGAAAAUGAGUACAAAGAUGUACUCUACCCUCUGCUUGGUUUGAUCAUCAACCUGUCAACUAUCACAACACCAGCCAUUCGGGUAAAGCAAGUCAUGUUUAAUGUGUUUGCCUUCUGCUGUCCGAGUUACAUUUAAAUCUUGAAUUUAUGUGCCAUGGGUGCAAAAAACAAUUUUGUAUCCACAAUCAUCAGCUAUCUUCAUUGUUGGCACUUAAAUUUUGAUAAGAUGAAACCUUGUCUUUAUUAUUUAUUUAGAUUUUGACAGUGAAAUUUCCUCAUACUGCUGACACCCAAAAGGUUAAAAAUGUACUGUGUAGUAAAAAUAAAUGCAAUGGAAAAGGGAAGCAGAGGAGGGUCCUUGUGGUAAUAGGAUGUGACCUAAUCAGCCACCUAAUCAGAGGUGAAAUACAAGUGAAAAUUGAUUUUUUUUUUUUUUGUCCCCCUUUGUAGGAACAUGCUGUUUCACUCUGUGGUGGCUGCUGUCUGAGCCUGUUGAAGGAUAGUGAUGGAGGAGUCAUAACUGUGAGUAAACUUAACUGUAGCACAACACUACUGCACUCAGGAGGGUUAAUAAUAGUAAAAAAAAAGUCGAUUUUUACGUUUGUUUUGGCCAAAAAGUUAGAUCCCUCUCCAGUUGUUGGAGGUUGUUGCAGAAAAUUUCUCCUUGUUGGUUUUUCAACAAGUGCAUCCAUGACAUAAAUAAGAAAAGCAUCCAGUCAAGUAACUGUAGACAAACAGUAACCUGAAGUGAUUUACUAUGAAUGUGAGGUCUUCUUGAAGCCCUGUGAGAGCACUGGCCAAGGUGGUUGCAGCAAUCCACAUUAUACACUGAAUCCUGUAUGCGUGCCAUCACAUUUGAUUGAAAGUCUAGCUCCAGGUGCUGUUUGUGCAAAUGGUUGUUAAAGCACUUUCAUGCUGCUCAUGCAAAGCCCUUAGAGUCCUAUACUUCUUCCCACCUUUCCCUGUAUUCCAUGUUAAUCCUCACUUUUUGCCUGGCUGGCAUUUUUCUUCCCUGUCACCUGGUGUCAACUUCCUUUUUAUGUCAUCAAUACUUUUCUAUUCUCUUGUUUCAUUUUUGUCAUGUCUUUACAUCACCUACCUUUAGAUUUUAAUGCAUCAUAAUGGUUUAGCUGUCGGAAUCCCAAUGGCUCAAGUCUAUAGUGUCCCCAUUGUUGUAGCUGUUCCAAUUCUUUGGUUGUUGUUGUUGUUAUUUUUAAAUAUGAAGUGUUAUCCCUCUUUAAGCAGGUGAAAGUAGAAUGCAUGCACAUGCCAAAGUAGGUGCUCUAUUUAACCGCUUAUCCUGCUUAAUCUUUCUGCUUCGCCUGCAAACUGCUUUGCAACCUGCUCCUCUUUUUUAUGGUGCCUGAUUUUACCCGUGUCAUUUGUAUUGUCACUGACGCCCUCUCUGUUCUGCACCCUGUGAUUCUUGCUGACUACUCACGCAGAAGUGCAAGGAGCUCGCAGAACAGAGUCACAUCACCAAGUACAACUUAUUUAGUGCAAAAGAAUAAGUUUCUUUAAAAGGAUGGUUGACGAUUGGAAACAGUUGGAAAAAAACUGAGCCGUUGAGCCAGAUUUGAAAAAAGCAUCCCCACACACAAAUCUGUCCCCUCUGUGCUCCACGAUAACUCCCCCCUGAACCUGUGUCGCCCUGGCAGAGCUCUCUCUACUGCUCGAAGAAUGCCCCAAUGUUUAUUCAAGUUAGAUUCCUUGUUUGGUCACAUUUCCCCUUUGUCUCUACCCUUUCUUCUGUCAGCUUGCGUUUUCUUCCCACUUUUGAUGGUGGGGCAAUCAGAAGUGUUUUUUUUUUUUUGCGUCCUUCUCCAUCACAGCUCCUGUAGCUAAGCUGCUACGCUACUUUUAGCAGUUCAGAGCUCUGAGGAGGGCCGGGAGAGUGGGAGGGGACAAGUCGGAACUAUGGGAGAGGGGUGUGUCGAAUACAGCGAGGUGAUUGGAUGGAGGAGACUGACCAAUAGAAGCUGUCCAGGACGGAUGGCUCCCAUUGGUCAAUGUUUUUGCAGCCCUGUACCUGCUAGGGUGAACGGAUUUUUUCCAUUCUUUUUUCUCUGUACUUUACGGAGAUCGCACUAUAGGACCAUGAUCGCCAUAUAAACGAGGGUCAUAAUAAUUACCAAUCUCUCCAAUCGUCAACCACGCCUUUAAAUAAAGUGGUCCUGAUUGAAGCUGACAACUUACCACUGUGGUAAAACAGAAGGUACCAAUUUAAUGAAAAGGUGCAGAAAAACUAAGAAAGGCUAACAGACACUCCAUCUAACAUGGCCUAUUAUUGAAUGUAAUCACUAUUACGGCUUCCAUGUGGGGAUACAUCUCCUCUUUUUCAUCAUCUGACAAACGUUAGACCAGUAUUUUGUGGCCUCUUACUUCUGUUUCCUUGAGAAAAACCUCUAAUAUGAUGUUAAGAUUGUGUCUUUCAUUCUGUGCCGAAAGGUAGAGCAGAGUAAGUUAAUUAGAGCCUAUUUUGUUUUUCAUUGUUCUCAAGAGACAGCCGAAAAAAGACAAAAAAAACAAACGUAAUCCCUUAGUAAUUUCAAUUACUCAACAUUAUUUCGUCUUUACUCAUAAUGAGACUCUAUUAAUUACUCAUUUGUAAACUCAAUACACUUUUUUUGUGGUUUGUCAAUUUUCUUAUACGACUUAAUUUUUGAAGGGAAAUUACCAAACUGCACCCCCACUUUCCUCUACACCCGAUAAUGUAUCCUUCUACAGAUUAUGCUUGCAACACAAAGCAGGCACCCAUGUGUGACUUUGCUCUAAUUCUUCCUAAUGUUUCAUAGCCCCAUGUUUUCUUUGAAUUAUCCUGCCUUUAAAAGGGUCACUGUGGUGCUAUACUAAUUGAAAUAGGGGCUCAGACAACUCUCUCACCAUCUUUACAAUGGACUCUGCAUUUUGUUGCAGCAAAAACACUUCAUAACACCUUGAGAUCUCAUGUCCUGAAACAAGUGUUUUUUUUUCUUUUUCCAUCCAAACUCUCCUCUGGGUUUAUAGAUUGUUUCUCAGCUGUCCUUCAGCUGAGGUUUCUUUUCAUCUUGCGCUUUCCUGCCUGUUUCUUUAUGUUUACAUCCUUCACUCUCUGUUUUUCUUGUUUUUUCAAUAAUCUCUUGUUCAAAUGCUGACAUCCUUCUUUGUCGGAUAGAGAGCCACAGGUGUGCUGAGCACUGUCCUUCCACAGUCUCCAGAGGCCGUCCAGCAUGUUAUUCAAGGGGGUGUGGUUAAGACAAUGCGCCGGCUGCUCAAGGUGCGUCACAGUAUUAACAGCUAGUUUUAAUAAAUACAUCAGCAGGUAUUUCUUCUUUAGUUGUGAAUAUAUUUUUUAUUUCUUGUUAGGGCUGGGGGAUAAAAUGAUGAUGGUAUUUAUCGAAAAUUGAUUUCCCUCGAUAUAAAUGUAAAACAUGGUCAAUAUGCUUUUCAAUUGUCGACAUUCUGCCAUGAUUAGCAAACAACUGCGUAGUAGCAGGCUGCAGCUACAUGCAGAAGUAGGGAUGGGAAUUGAUAAGAUUUUAUUGAUAUCGAUGCCAUUAUCGAUUCUCCUUAUCGAUUCAAUUCUUUCAUGAUUCCCUUAUCAAUGCCUUUCUUUGAUUAAAACAAAAAAAGUAGACUAUAAGUUUUCACCAUUAACUCAAAAUAACAGAAAAGAUGUAUGCCACCUUCAGUGAGAGUAUCAAAAAAAAUCAAACAACAAACUAUUUGUAGAGGAUUUACUUUGGUAGGUAUGAAGUCAAAUUAGGGUGACCAUAUUCUAGAUCUGCAAAAUUUUAAGCCACACUUCAGAUCGUUUCUGCCUACUUUUUGUACCGUCCGCCAUGUUUUUUCCUCCAAGUCUCUGUUCUCAUUCACAUAGUCUGGCACUCGUGAAACUGUUUUUCAAGGCACCCCGAAGAAAGGAAUUGUUAAGGGAAUUGUCAAGAUAAAAUGUAAACAAUGUCGAUGGAUUGAACCAUUUCAAAACAAGAACUGGGUCUCGAUUCCCAUCCCUACGCAAAAGGUUACAAACCCCGAGUAGCGCAUGGAGCCCAUGGCACCUGUGUACCCGAAACAGCCGACCAUUCAGUCUACUUUCUCCAGCCCAACGCCUCACAACAAUAUGUCAAAGAGACACAAAGACCUCACAGAUGCAGUAGUUUAUGAAUUGCUAAAGACAUGCUACCAAUAAGCACUGUUAAAUUUCAUUUUUUAUAUCAUGAUAUAUAUCAAUAUCGACCGAUAUGAAAAAGAAUAUUGGAAUAAACUUUUUCCCAUAUCACCUAGCCCUGUUUCUCAUUAAACUUUCACUGUCUCCAAAGUUCAUAAUUCAUCACAUCUAUUUAAUAUCCUCUCAAACUUAUUCAACUAUGUGUCUGUCUUCAUAAUUUGCAGGGUCAUUAAUAACAAAGUUUGAGCAUAUCUGCAUAUGAGAAACUGGUGCAUCUAAUAUGAUUAUUAUUUUUUGUGUCUGCCUUCUCAGGGAACAGGACAGACUGCUAUUAAGUAUGCCAUCAAGACGCUAACAAUGUGCACUGCUGCCAGUCAGUUGGCACGGCAAGAGCUGGUGAAGUCUGAUAAGAGUGAGAAAUGAUUGACAUGUUUACACAACUUAUACAAGCUUUUUAUUACCCCCUGAAUAAUAUUUGAGGGCUGACCUAAUAUGCUAAUUCAAUGUGCAUCUGUGUGCUUGUGCUACAUUUGUAUGCAUUCUGCAUGUGUGUGAGUAAAGUGUGCAGUAGAUAAAUCCUAACAUGUCUUUUAUGUGUUUCCGAGUGCUAUUUCCUUCAUAUUUGUUUUUCUUUUGCCACAGAACUGUCCGUUUUAUGUCGUUUACUGGCGUCCAGCUGUGAUGAGAUGGUGACGGGCAAUGCAGCCCUGUGCUUGGCCCACUGCCUUGAGUUGGAGGGAAUUGCCAGUAACCUGCUGGGCACUGAUAUUGUGCGGCUACUUCUUCGCCACGCUGCAGGGGAUGCUAAGAGGGCGGCUGUGAAGCAAAAUGCUGCCAUUGCUCUUGGAAAGCUGUGUCGGUCUGAGCCCAGGUGCCCUCUCACCUCACUCCAUAAAACCACAUGUUGAUGAUUACAUCUAAAAAUCCUAGCCUGAAGGAAUAUUGAUAGACCACUUGAAAUGUCAUGAUGACAAGAGGGGGAAUAAGGUCGUAUGAUUUUAUUGGUUUGAUUCAAGAUGUUGAUAACAUAUGAGGCAGCUCAAAUUGUGUUGUUCGAUAAGAUCUGCUUCAUUUUAUGUGACAAUUAGUUAUUAUUAGAUAUUUAUAAACCCUUAAUUUGUAUUUUAAUUUUCAACUUUAUUCUGUGUUUUGAAUUGCAUGUGAUGUGAUAGUUUAUGUUCAUGGGCUAUCUCCUGAAAUGAGUCAUAGAAGAAAGCAUCAAAUGUAGGAAGACAUGAUCAAAACAGCUUAUCUACAUGUCUGCAGUUUCUCCUUUCCAUCCUCUGUUCAGUAUCUCAAUUUAUUCUGUAGUCAAAAAAACCCUAUUUUAUUACCUCUCUCAAAGGUGAAUGAAAUCAAUCACAUGCUUCGUUUAACAGUGCCGCUCUCGCCAAUAUACUUUACAGUGUUGCACAUCUGAUUGUGUGAGUGUAAUUGUAAUGUGGAAUUAUUUUUAAUGAUAGAGGAGAAACACUGCACCUCUGCUGUGACAACUAUUCUUAGUGUCCAAGACAACAAAUUCUCACAGGUGUAUUUAAAACACUGCCACUAUCCUUUCCUUUAAUACACUUUAUUUUUCUUUCUGUCGAUCGCAGACAUUUGGAGAAACUCAGAGAACUGCACGGCCUUGAGAUCCUGCACUCCUGUAUGAAGCUCAUCCCGUGAAUAAACGACAUAAUACUUGACACAAUCUCUUUGCUGCUCAUCAGUUUGAUUCUCUUCUGUAUUAAGUUUCAAGCUAUAAGGCCUGAGAUUUAUCCAAGUUUAUACAAAUAAUCCUGAGAGUCAUUCUUCAAAAAAACACCUAUUUUUGAAAUGGACGUGAGCCAUGAUAAUUAAAUAAACAUUUGUCUUUUUUGACAAAGCAAAUUAUCUGAAUGCAUAAUAAAUACUCUGCUGCAACAGCCAACGAUCAACAUUGAUUUGAUGUCUGAUAAGAAACAAAACUGAUUGAUUACAGUAAUAGCACUGUUACCAGGGGAAGAGCUACACAUAACAUGAAAUGACAUGAUAUUCUGCUGCUACAACAAACAUUUUGAACUAUUAUAGCCUGAGUUGUCAGACCAAAGCAAUUUGAAUAUAUAUAAUGCAAUAUGCCUCCUUCUCCAUCUAAAGUUGGAGCAAAUAGUAUUCUCCUAGCAUGCCUUUGUAGUUAUAUUUUUGUUGGCCAGUUAAUUCUGUGGUUGUUGUUUUUUUAAUGAAAUUAACUUCCCAGAAAUCA